UCUCUGCGAUAUUAUAUUACCGUUGUUGUUGUUGUCUCUCCUCCUCUUUCGAUUUCAAUGGCGAAUUCAAACACAUACCUAACCACGCCGACUAAAACCCCUUCUUCAAGGAGAAACCAACAGAGCCAAUCGAAGAUGCAGUCUCAAUCCAAGGAUCCUGUAAACGCAGAGACUAGGUCACGGUUCGAGGCUUACAACCGUCUCCAAGCGGCGGCGGUUGCCUUCGGUGAGAAACUUUCUAUACCUGAGAUUGUCGCAAUUGGUGGCCAAUCGGACGGUAAGAGCUCUUUACUGGAAGCGCUUCUAGGGUUCCGAUUCAAUGUCAGAGAAGUCGAAAUGGGAACGCGACGCCCUUUGAUUCUCCAGAUGGUUCAUGAUUUAUCAGCGUUGGAACCACGGUGCCGAUUCCAGGAUGAAGAUUCUGAAGAGUAUGGUAGUAGUCCAAUUGUUUCGGCUACAGCAGUAGCAGAUGUGAUUAGGUCAAGAACAGAGGCGCUUUUGAAGAAGACGAAAACAGCAGAAUUAUCCUCACCUCGGAGUCCUUGAAAGCAGCAUCAAUAUCCUCCAUGUUUGAAUCAUCCUUAUCCUCGAACACUGGAGGCUUGUAAUCUUUCUUGAACCAUUCAUCUUCAAAUACCUCUUGUGGUGUUACACACCAUGAAGCUCUACUUAAUGUAUCUGAAUAGCAUACAUAAACUUGGGUUAUGAUUAGAGAAGAUGACUGAAUGAUUAAUAAGAGAAUCAAAUAAGGAGGCA